UUGCGGUCAGCCUCAUUCUGGCGAGCAACUCAACAUGGCGGCUGCAAGUGAGAGAAAUGGAAGUGGGCAAAGCUUGGAAGAUCUCUUGGAUAACGAAGGCACAACAGCUGGAGCUCUCGUUUUGACCGCUUUUAUGACCACAGCAACUCAGCCACUAACAUGUGUUCGACUUCUGAUGCAGGUUGGACAUGAACCAAUUUCUCCAACUGAGUCCACAACAUUUUUAGGAACUAAGGUCCUGAGAUUACCAAGUUUUUUCCAGUAUGCAAGUCAUGUAAAGAAGAUAAAUGGAUGGAGUGGACUCUACAGAGGAUUGUUACCAAGGUAAGCUUUGUAUGCUUUGGUUUCCAAAGCAAAAACAAAAAGUCAUGCAAACUUGUUUGUGUGGGAUUAGUUUCUAGUAAGACACCCAGUGUUUUAAGGUGACUCCUCAGUAUUGUACUGUGCAUACCGUGCUGUGUAUAAAAGUCACCUCGUCAGGGAAUAUGGUAUUGUUUUUCAAUAAAUGGACCAGGUAAAGAGAUUCGAUUGUCUUUGGCUCUUAAACCAGUGCAGUGAGCUAUAUCUUUUAUUGCAUAAUUUUGGUGUACAAAUCAUCCCCUUUAAAUUUGAGAAUUUAAAAGAAAAUUAAUAGAAGGGAAAACUCAAUGAUGCAAGUUAUGACCUUGAAAGCAAUGACUUUCGGAACACUUUGUCAUUUAAAAUUACAGAAUUUUUCCUCAAAUUAUGUAUCAAAUUGUUCUAUAUACUCAAGAAUUUCUACCCAUGAAGUUUUUUUCAAGUUUUACUGUAAAAACCCUUGCCUCCGGCUAUCUCAAAAUGUAUUGUGAACCAAUGAAAUGAUGCACAUGAUUAGUGCCUGUACAGGCAUAAAUGGGGUAACUUUGCCUCAACAUAUCUAUUACACAAGCAUAGUGACCUAUCUUUUGAAAUUUAUUUUUCCAAACAGACAUUGGUAGGUUUCUUUUCUGAGGAAUCACUUUAAAAAUGGCUAGUGCGUUAGCAACCAGUUGUAGAAGUCUGCAUUCAAAACCUGGCUGGGUCAUUGUGUUGUGAUCCUGGGCAAAAC